GAACUUGAGGAACAACAAUGUCGACCAAGAUAAAAACAUUGAUUUCCGGUCGUGGGCUGCUGUCGUUGUUGGUGUUGGUGUGCCUGCUUGUUUCCGUGCCAAGCGCCAGUAGCACGCCGGGCCAUUUAGAUGACCCCGAUACGAAGUCAACCAAUGUGAGCACUCUGGAUCGGCUACAAAUGAAUCUCUUCGUUAACUACGAUACAAACGUUCAGCCCACAAUUCAGGGCAAAGCGACAAACGUAAGCCUUGGUCUAUCGGUGAACUACUUAGAUAUCGAUGAGCUGAACGGCAAGAUCACGCUCCAUUGUUGGCUGACUGUGCGCUGGAUGGAUGAGCAGCGUUCAUGGAAUAUAAAGCAAUAUGACAACAUUACCAAGCUGCAUAUACCGGACAACAAGGUUUGGAAGCCACAGAUAAUGAUCUUCAAUGCCGCCGCCGAUGAGGGCAACUAUCCUGUGAGCACGCAGGUUAUCCUGUCCAAUGAUGGCAGCUUCCUGUGGGUGCCGCCAGCUGUCUACACGGCUUACUGCGCGCUGAACAUGAUCAAUUGGCCGUACGAUCAGCAGAUAUGCAAGCUCAAGAUUGGCACCUGGUCGGUGAGCAAUCUGAAUGCGGCCUACAACAAGGUGAUCGACUAUGAUGACCUGGUGCAGUCGAGCGAGUGGGAAAUUGUCAGCGGCCGGACAGAGUUUGUGCACAAGGACUAUUACAGCUACGUGGAGUUUAUAUUUACGACACAGCGUCGCUCCAGCAUGUAUAAAGCAAUCAUCUUUACGCCGGCCUCUUGCAUAGUGCUCCUCACGCUGGCCGCUUUCUGGCUGCCGCCGAAGAUGGGCGAGAAGAUAAUGCUCAAUGGCAUACUCAUCCUCAUGAUUGCCUCGUUUCUUAUGUACUUUGCCCAGCUGCUGCCCGUGCUGGGCGGGAAUACGCCGCUCAUUGUUUUGUUCUACAGCGCCAGCUUGUUGGUGCUCAGCAUCUCCACGAUUAUUGAGGUCGUGGUGCUCUACCUGGCCACGGCACAGCAUAAACGUCGCGUGCCGGAUAUAGUAAAACGUCUGCUGAAUGGCAAACUGGGCUCUUGCCUCAUGCUCUCGCACUUCACCAACGACGCCGAGCUGCCCGCAACGCAAAGCAAUGGCUUACCCAAGGAGAUGGCUGAGAAUCUAUACAACAGUGUGGAGGAUAUGACCAGUCCACUGGACAUCAAUCCCACUGACACGCCCUCAGCGCGUGCCCUACAGUUCGACUGGGUGCUGUUGGCCACAGCCGUGGAUCGUAUUUGUUUCGUUGCCUUUAGUCUGGUUUUCAUGGUGUUGAGCAUUGUUUAUGUUGCCUAAAAUCCUAAAAAACAUCUCCUUCAAAUAGAUUUUUGU